AUGGUGUUGUUAGAUAUCGUGUUGAAACCGAUGAUGAAUGAUGAGCAACCAAAUACUAAAACUGCUCUUAUUCCCAACGCUUCUCAUUCGGUUCAAGAUGCCGAUUUUAGUUUCUCAACACUUGCCAUCUGUUCUGAUCGGAAAGUUGAAAAGGUGAGCGAUGUUGCACCUCCCAUUCACUUAUCGACUACAUAUUCCAUGGAUUCCGAUGUUUCUGAUGGCAUGAUUUAUUCUCGAGUUCAUAACAAAACACGUAGUCGUGUGGAGGCUGUAAUUGCAAAUUUAGAAGGUUCUGAUGAUUUCAAGACGGUCACUUUUUCGAGUGGUCAGGCUGCAACCUCUACAUUGCUUUUUACCUUGAGACCAAAACGAAUUUUCAAGAGAAUGGUUGAAAAUACAGAAGGAGAUGAUGAAGCUGGUUAUGCAGGAACAAAGGAUUCAAUGGCAACUUUGCGGGCCUUUGCAAAUUUCUAUUGUGGAGUGGUAAAGAAGGAAUUGCUAUCAAAAAUUCCAGCCACAUCUGAAGAGAAUGGAAAGAAAGUGGAUGAUAUUGAAGAUAAUGUGAUGAAAGUCAUUGAUAUUACAAAAAUUGAAGAGGAAGUGGAUAUGGAUCAAGCCAUGCAAAAUCAAGAUCUAUCUCCCAACUCAAAACCAAUUUAUAAGGGUGACAUUAUUUGGUUAGAGACACCUCUUAAUCCGACGUGCGAUUUAACAGAUAUCGAAUAUUAUGUUAAGAUUGCUCACCAAAUGGGAGCUCUUGUGAUAGUGGACUCCACAUUUGCAUCUCCUGCGUUGCAACAACCAUUAAUGAUCGGUGCUGAUUUUGCUCUUCAUAGUACCACAAAAUUCAUGGGAGGCCACUCGGACUGUCUUGGAGGAUGUGUCACUACCAAAUCCAAUGGCUAUGCUUCAAGUUUGAAAUCAAACCGAUCUGUACUAGGGUGUGUGAUGGGAAAUUUGGAAGCUUAUUUGUUGCUGCGUUCAUUAAGAACUCUUCAAGUGAGAGUUUUACAUCAAUCCCAAACUGCUGAGGUCGUAGCAAAAUGGUUACAUGGUCAAAUUGGAAAUGAAGAAACCAAUAUGCAAGUCACCAAAGUACAUUAUCCAAAUCUUGCUCCCGAACAGUCCUCACAAGAAGGUCUUACAACAACAGAUCAAGAAACCGCUGCAUCCACACCAAAGUACAAGAAAUUAACGAAUUAUGAAAUUUGCCAAAAACAAAUGAAUGGAAAAGGACCUGGAAUUCUGAGUUUUGAAUUGAAAACAGCUGAAGGAUCCAGAAAAUUACCACAGCUGCUUGAGAUUAUUGAGCAUGCAACAUCUUUGGGUGGUGUCGAGUCGUGUAUUGAUUACAGAUUCCAAUGGGACAGGAGUACGGCUCCCACUCUUUUGAGACUGAGUAUUGGAUUAGAAUCACCAAAAGAUCUUAUUGCAGAUCUUAAAACAGCGUUAUUGAAAUUGUAA